ACGUCAUAUUCCAGCUGUGCAACUGUCAAAUCUCGCAAAAUGUCAAAAUAUUGACGGGUUUCUUAGGGAAUUGUGGAGGAAUCUAGUUUCGUUGUUUGACAUACUUUUAUUUUGAGGACACUUUAGUCAUAAUGACAUUUCUCGUGAGAAACUUCAAGCAGAUCAUAGGGACGCCACAUCGGAAACUUUUCAACAUUUUUACGAAGAAGCCGAAUGUUAAGGAUCCUCACUUUGUCCGGGUGGGGAAAAUCUCCCCUGAACGUCCAGUUCCCGAAAAUAUCCCCAAGCCAGAUUACUACUUCGGAGAUGGCACGUUGGCGAUGGACACAACCGGCUACCCGGAAAUCAAAAAUCCUGACCAGAUCCGACACAUGCGGGAUGCUUGCAGGACCGCCGCCAAUGUGCUAAAGGCCUGCCAUGAGAUUGUUCAGGAAGGAAUCACUACCGACGAUAUCGACGCCUUCGUGCACGACAAGGUAAUCAAGGCCGGCGCCUACCCUUCUCCACUACGUUACGCGGGCUUCCCCAAGUCCGUAUGCACGUCAGUGAACAACGUCGCCUGCCAUGGAAUCCCUGACGACCGCAAGCUCAUAAGCGGCGACAUCGUCAACAUUGACGUGACGGUUUUCUUCAACGGCUACCACGGCGACUGCUCCAAAACCUUCCUCGUGGGCGACGUAGAUGCCAAAGGAAGAUUCCUAGUCGAAUCCACCGAGGAAUGUGUCUACAAAGCCAUCGAGCUGUGCCGUCCCGGGCAACCGUUCAAGGCGAUUGGCCAAUUUAUCGAGCGCUUUGCGCACGAACGGAAACUCGAACCGAUUCCAGCAUAUAUUGGUCACGGGAUUGGCAGCUACUUCCACGGCCCCCCGGAGAUCUACCAUUUUGAUAACGAUUUGCCCGGAAAGAUGGAGCCGAACAUCACCUUCACAAUUGAACCAAUCCUGAGUCUCGGUGGACCGGAAAUCGAUAUAGAGGAUGACGGUUGGACGUCGAUGACUGUCGACGGCGCCCUCACCGCACAAUUCGAGCACACAAUACUCAUCACAGAAAACGGAUCCGAAAUCCUCACUGUACCCGACUAGCGCCUGCUGCCCCGCCUCGUCAAAAACCGUUCGUUUAAUUAUCGCAGAUUUAUUUAAAUAAAAAUUUUCUAUGUCUAACUUACAA